UGGCAAUUAUAAUUAAACUACAAGAGAAUUAGACAUCUAGAAAUAAUGGAAUUUGUGAUCAAGUUGCAAAAAAUACAGAUAUUUAGAAAUGAUGGAAUUUGUGAUCAGAUUAGCAAAGAAUGCAGAUUGUCCAUACACAGUUUCCAAGUGAAAUGGUAUUUAAAAACUAUAAAGAUAUUUAGAAAUGAUGGAAUUUGUGAUCAAGUUAGCAAAGAAUGCAGAUUGUCCAUACGCAGCUCCCAAGUGAAAUGGUAUUUAAAAACUAUAAAGAUAUUUAGAAAUGAUGGAAUUUGUGAUCAAGUUAGCAAAGAAUGCAGAUUGUCCAUACACAGUUCCCAAGUGAAAUGGUAUUUAAAAACUGUAAAGAUAUUUAGAAAUCAUGGAAUUUGUGAUCAAGUUAGCAAAGAUUGCAGAUUGUCCAUACGCAGUUCCCAAGUGAAAUGGUAUUUAAAAACUAUAAAGAUAUUUAGAAAUGAUGGAAUUUGUGAUCAAGUUAGCAAAGAAUGCAGAUAUCUAGAAAUAAUGGAAUUUGUGAUCAAGCACUAGCAAAGAAUGCAGGUUGCCUGUACACAUAUACACAGUUCCCAAGUGAAGUGAACGUUUUAAAAUUGUAUAAAGGUAUUUU